AGGAUCCAGUGCCAGCAGAUUCGUGGUCAGGUGUGAGAGAUGCCAAUAAAUCGGGUGACGUAUGCGCUCAAAAAGACUCCUAUUCACAUCAAGUAAUAGGGAGCGAUGAUUGUCUUUAUUUGAAUAUUUAUACAAACAAGUUGAAUUGUGACAUUCCUAGAGCUGUACUUUUCUGGAUUCACGGUGGUGGAUUCGCUUAUGGACACGGAAAUGACUACAAGCUCGGUCCCGACUAUCUUGUUAAAAAAGAUGUCAUUUUAGUUACUUUCAAUUAUCGUCUUAAUAUUUUUGGUUUUCUUAACUUGGAUGAUGAAGAAUCGCCAGGUAAUCAAGGAUUGAAAGAUCAGGUGAUGGCUUUGAAAUGGGUAAAGCAGAACAUUGCAAACUUUGGUGGUGACCCAAAUUUGGUUACAAUUUUUGGAGAAAGUGCGGGAAGUUCUUCUGUUCAUUAUCUGACUCUUACGCCAUUAGCUAAAGGAUUAUUUCAGCGAGCUAUCAUGCAAAGUGGAGUCGCGACGAAUCCAUGGGCAUAUACAUCCCUGUCUAUGAAAGAAGAAGCUGAAAAAAUAGCUGAUAAUAAAUUAGGAAAAAAGACUAGUGAUACUAAAGAGCUUAUUGAAUUUUUACAAACUAUCGAAGCUCAUGAUUUGAUUGACGCAGUACAGUCAUUUGUUAAUCAAACAAAUAGAUAUGUAAACGUAAAUCGAUUUGUACCGUCAGUAGAUUCAAAAUCAAAAACUCCAUUCCUAAGUAUUCCAAUCGUUGUCCAAGCUCAGUCAGGAAUUAAAGUACCUCAUAUUAUCGGCUACAAUAGCGACGAAGCAAUUAUUUUGCUCGCAGGCUUGCAAGAAGUUGAUUAUUCUGAAAUCAACACAAAUGAAGAUAUGCUUCUUCCUUCAAACGAAAAAAAAUUUUUACAAGCAAGAAAUGUUUCUGUAAGCGAUGUAAAAAAAUUCUUCAUGGGAGACAAAGAAAUUAGUCAGAAAAACGAUCAACUAUUCCUCAAUUUAGCCAGUGCUAGCUCUUUCGAUAUUAAUAUACACGAUAUAGUUGCUAUUCAAGCUAAAUUAUCUGGUAUUCCGACGUAUUUCUAUAAAUUCGAUCACUACUCUAAAGAAACUGCAGUCGUGCAGCAACUGGUUGGCACAGACUUAGAAGGUACAUCACUUACUGAAGAUUUAUAUUACUUUUGGUAUCAAAAAGUAUUGGAUGAUCGUAAAAUCAAACAACCAACUUCUUUUCCAAUUGAACAUCUCAUCCAGCAGAGAUUUUUUGAACUUUGGAUUAAUUUUGCAAAAACGGGG